AUGGUUUCCAGUUUUUAUAGCAGAUUGUUAGUGAAGCCCUGGAAUUUCUUGACCGAGUGGUUCCAGAAUGAUGAUCCCUCUCCAAUUGAUACUGCAUAUGGGAAUAAUUUCUGGCAUUACAACGCUCAAGAAGUUCGAUUUGGAAAAAUGUUCAAUGAGGCCAUGGCUAGUGAUAAUCAUUUGUCUGUAGAAGUGCUGAUGACCAAAUGCAAGUCUGUGUUUGAAGGCUUGACAACUUUGGCUGAUGUUGGGGGUGGCACAGGCAAAGUUGCUAGGGCCAUUGCCCAAAACUUUCCUAACAUAAAAUGUACUGUGUAUGAUCUCCCACACGUCGUUGCUAAUCAAGGAGGAGCUGAGAACUUGGAAUUUUUAGCUGGAGAUAUGUUUCAAAGUGUACCCCGUGCUAAUGCAAUCUUGCUGAAGUGGAUUCUCCAUGACUGGAGCGAUGAAGACUGUGUGAACAUACUCAAGAACUGCAAAAAGGCCAUUCCAGGAAGAGACAAAGGGGGAAAAGUGAUUAUCAUAGACAUGGUGAUGGAGAGCCAGUUAGAAAAUCAUGAGUCUGUUGAAGCCCAGAUUUGUUUUUACAUGCAGAUGUUGGUUCUUUAUACUCUUUUGGGAUGCUGGCUUCAGCGGCUAUAA